AUGUUGCCACAAUGUUUGAAGAACUUCAACGUGCGAAAAUGUCUCACCUUCAUCACAGGCAUGGUGGAGUGUCUGUUCUUUGCAGGAAUAGUACUCGGGUGGGCUUCACUUGGGUUCCUUUUUAAGGCACAGGGGUUCUUUGGUUCCUUUUGUGUCAACACCACAAAUACGGAUGGUUUGCAGGUCCAAGAUUGCAGGGGGCAGGAUGAGCAGUUUUCUUUGGUAUUCACCAUUGCAUCAUUCUUGAUGAAUUUCUUGACAUUACUAAAUGGUCUCAUCUUUGACCGCUUUGGGACCCUCAUAGCGCGGCUCUUUGGAUUAGCACUUCACACAGGGGGACUCUUAAUGUUGGCCUUUGCAACUCCAACUCUGUCCAUGUUGGUUUAUCCAGGGCUCUCAUGCAUAGCCGUGGGUGGCUUUAUGCUGCUCCUCACCAACAUGCAAGUGGCAAAUCUGUUCGGAGCUCAUCGUUCCACCAUCAUCACUGUCUACAAUGGGGCCUUCGACUCUUCAUCGGGCGUAUUCCUCCUUGUUAAAUUUGCAUACGAGUCUGGCAUCUCUCUCAAAGCCAGUUUCCUGUUCUUGGCUGCCGGAAGCAUCCAUCACUUGCUCAGGACAAUCUUCCUUUUUCCCAGAACCACAAUCCCAUACCCAUUGCCUGACAACUACAAGUAUGGGAUAUCCUGCAGAAGAUCAAGGAAGACCAACGGAACUGUGGAGACUGACUCUAAAAUGACAAUGGACGAUAAUCCACCGGAUCAGGAGGAACUUAAAAAGACUGAGAAAACCUUCCGUGAGUGCAUUCUGUCCAAAUUCUUCUUCUUGGUCCUCCUCUGGUUGUCAGUGAUCCAACUGAGACACUUCGUGUUCAUUGGCACCCUCAACCCUGCGCUGGAGCGUCUGGCUGAUGGAGAUGCAUCCAUUGUGAGCAAGUACAUCAACGCCUUUGCAUUUACACAGAUGUGUGGAUUGCUGGUUGCUCCCAUUCAUGGCACUAUCCUAGACCGACACAAGCGCAAACCUCCGGUCCCAGGAAUGAGUGAAGAAGAGGCCGACCUAAACUCAGCAAUAAUCUCCUUCUUCCUGACAUCAGUGCUGGCAUUGCUGUUCUCAAUUUGCUCUUCCAUCCCCGUGCUGCCACUUCAAUACUUCACUUUUGUCAUGCAAAUGAUCGACUUCAGUUUCCUGUAUGGCGGAAUGACUGUAUUUGUCGCAGUGGUUUUCCCACCAUGUCAUUUUGGGAAGCUUUAUGGCCUUAUUACCACACUCUCGGCAGUGUUCUCUUUACUGCAGUAUGCCUGCUUUGCUGUUGUGGAGGAACUUCUGGAUGGAGAUCCUUUAUAUGUGAACAUCGCCCUGACGGUACUGAUCCUGUUCUCUUUCAGUCAUCCGCUGAAUGUUUUUCUGCACUGUCGAAAGCUUGCAUCGCAGCGGGCAAAAGCCAACACCAGCACUGCUACGAAAACUGUCAUUGUUACUGAAGUCGAGUCGAUGGUUUCCCUGACCUAG